UAUAUUUUAUCAUUUCCUAAGCUUAUUCCGAAAUUGCCAGCAAGAGCCUCCACGGCCGCUCCCUCUCCGGCGAGCAAAUGGCAGUCUCACUCUCAGUCCUCUUCUCCUUCACUCUCCUCUUCUUUCACUUACUCCUGGCCGUACAAUCCGACCAGGGCUGUCACAAGACUCACAACCACCACCUCCGCCGGUCCCUGCAACUGCGGAACUCGCCGGAGAAGUGCCUCCGGGCACGGCCGGGCGAGCCGUUCAAGAUUGCUCUGUUCGCCGACCUGCAUUUCGGUGAGGACGCAUGGACGGAUUGGGGCCCUCGGCAGGACGUGAACUCCAUCAGAGUCAUGUCCGCCGUGCUCGAUGCUGAAUCUCCCGAUUUUGUUAUAUAUCUUGGGGAUGUGAUAACGGCGAACAACAUACCGGUCGCGAAUGCUAGUUCAUAUUGGGACCAGGCUAUAUCACCAACAAGAACUAGGGGGAUUCCCUGGGCUAGUGUCUUCGGGAACCACGAUGAUGCCCCCUUUGAGUGGCCGUUAGAAUGGUUUUCAGCUCCAGGCAUACCUCAGGUUCGCUGCCCUGCUGCUAACUCAUCGUUCUCAGGUGAUGCAGGUGAGGAAGAGUGCAGCUUCAGGGGCACGCAUAGGUUGCAGCUGAUGAAGGAUGAGAUUGAGCAGAAUGCACUUUCUUAUUCAAGCAAUGGUCCCAAGGAUCUCUGGCCAAGUAUAUCUAAUUAUGUCCUGCAAGUUUCCUCGCCCCAAGAUGCGCAGUCACCUCUAGUGUAUCUCUACUUUCUCGACUCCGGCGGUGGGUCUUACCCUGAAGUAAUCUCAAAUGCCCAAGCAGAAUGGUUCCGUCGUCAGUCUGAAAAGAUUAACCCAGACUUGAGUAUACCCGAGCUAAUAUUUUGGCACAUACCGAGUAAAGCUUAUUCGGGGGUGGCUCCGUGGUUUGGUGUGCGCAAGCCUUGCGUGGGUUCAAUUAACAAGGAGAAAGUCGCAUCUCAAGAAGCUGAGUUUGGCAUCAUGGGACUUCUUGAGAAAAGGCCUUCUGUCAAGGCGGUGUUUGUAGGGCAUAACCACGGACUAGACUGGUGCUGUCCCCACAAGAAGCUGUGGCUCUGCUUCGCGAGGCACACAGGCUAUGGUGGCUACGGAAGUUGGGCGAGAGGAGCUCGGAUCAUCGAGGUCAGUAAACAGCCUUCCUCUAUCAAGUCCUGGAUAAGGAUGGAAAAUGGCGACGUUCACAGCGAGGUCCUCUUGAGCUCUUAACCAUCCCGAUUGUACUACGUAUCAUUAUAUUGUAAAAUAAUGUACUGAUUAUACCGAUCAAUUCAUAAUCUAAUUGGAACUAUAGAUGCUGUGAGUGCCCAACCUAUGCUAUUCAUAAGGGCAAAUUGAAGGAAAUGGGCCUAACUCUUCAACGAAGUCCACUUGGUGCGCUAUGUUCUCUUCUUAUUAUGUCACCACAUUGAUUCACAAGCUAUACUAUCAAUUUUGUCA